CAGAGCUUAGGGUUUAUGCGAAUUUCGGCUAUGGCGCUGCCCGCAUUGCGCGGGACACUGCGCGGCGUCGUCUUCGAUAUGGACGGCACUCUCACGAUUCCAGUGAUCGAUUUCCCGGCGCUGUACAGGGCGGUCCUGGGGAGCCGGCAUCAGCCGAGCUCGGACAAGGCGAUCGAUAUUUUGCACGAGAUUGAGCAGUGGAGCCCGGAGGAGCAGCAGCGCGCCUAUGCGACGAUUGCCGAGUACGAGAAGGAGGGAUUGGACAAGCUCCAAUUCAUGCCUGGAGCGAAGGAGCUGUGUGACUUCAUCGACGAGAAGAAGCUCAAGAGGGGAUUGAUCACUCGCAACGUCAAGGCUGCUGUCGAUUACUUCCAUGCUAGAUUCGAGAAACCACACUUUAGCCCAGCUCUAAGCAGAGAAUUCCGUCCAUACAAACCAAAUCCGGCCCCGCUCCUCCACAUCUGUAGCGCAUGGGGAGUUCCCCCGCACGAAGUUCUCAUGGUUGGAGACCAUCCAAAAGAUGAUAUUGUUUGUGGCAACAAGGCUGGAACAGCGACUUGUCUCUUGGAUCAAGACGACAAAUACAUCGUCUCGCAUCUGUCUUUGCUCCAACGCCCCACUUUCAAGGUGAGAUCUCUGGCAGAAGUUCUCACGCUACUCCAGGAAAAGUUCGAUCUCAAGUCUGGGCCAGAGACUGAGGCCACCACAACGCCGUAAAACAAAUCGCUUGGAUUCCAACUCCAAUAAGGUUGUAUCAAGGAUUUUUACAAUGGAUACCAUGGAAACUGACUUUUUCCAUGUUAGUACAUUUGGUUUCAUGGCAACAAGUUACAGCAAGAACAGGAGAAUCUAUAAUUUUAAGUAUGCUUCUAUGAA